CUCAUACUCAGUAUUCCACUUUCUCCAUCACUAUAGAUAUAGUCACACGCUUCUUCUUCUUCUUCCACUGACGACCCAGAAAAUGGAGACAGACGCUGAACAACCCUACCACUCCUCUCUCAGUCCAGCCGUCGCUAUGCUCUCACGCAAAAUAUUCCCGACAUGCCGCAGGUUCAUAGAACGUCAACCAAGAUCUGAUCCCAACAUUGUUGCUCAACUUGACCACAUGCAAACCAUUGUUGAUGUCCUUGAAUCUGCAUCUCUCCGAUUGGGUCCCCAUCCUGACCACUAUUCUGUCCUCCAACUCAAACCAUCCGACGCUUCAAACCGUGACCUUGUUCGACACCAGUUCAAGAAGCUUGUUCGUUUACUCGAUCCAAACAAGAAUAAGUUCCCUUUUGCUGAUGAAGCUCUCAUGAGAGUUCGUGAAGCCUGGUAUGUUCUCUCUGAUCCCUUUAGAUUAGACCGAUUUGAACGUGAAAUUCGUGGCGAAGUAGAUGAUGGUAUUUCAUCUGCUUCUUUUUGGACUAUGUGUCCUUAUUGCUGGUAUUUACAUGAGUAUGAGAGAAAGUAUGAAGAUUUUACACUUCGGUGUGUAAAUUGUCAGAGGACUUUUCAUGGAACUGCUGUGAAUCCUCCGGAUCCCGAAUCAAUGGUGGAGGGGAAGGAACAGUAUUAUUGCUAUCACUUGAGUUUGCCCUUAAGGUACCCUGCUGAAAAAAUGUCUCAGUUUGAACUUGGUGGAAAUGGUGGAAGGAGGAUGAGGAUUAAAACUGUGGCUAAGAGAGUUAAAAUGAAAGGGUUUAUUCUGGAUAGUGAAUCGGAUCCAGAAAUGGACGUGGAAAUAGGAAAACCCUAAUUGCUAGAUUACUUUUAGGAGAAAAAAUGACAACUUGUUGGUUGGUAGUAAUAUUUUGUGGUAAUGUGGUAAAAUUGUGAAUGGAAAAUGGCAUGCUUUGCUUGUGUUAUAUAGAUUUUAGCAAUUGCAAUGCCAAUUCCAACUUGUUGUAAUCAUGUAAUAUAUUUUGAAUGACUUGAAUGGAUAACUCAUGUUUGACUUAUGAGUAACUUAAGAGGAUGUGAUUAUUUUUCUUCUUGAUGA